AUGCUAUUUCUUGGUCAACUUGAAUAUUUGUCUUUUGAACCUUUUAUUCACGGGUAUUUCCUCAUUCUUCCAGUCUUCAUGGACCUGAAUGAUCUUAACAAGGUCUGGGAAGUCGAACCUCUAAAGAAGGAACGGGAAGCUGAGGCAAAGGAAAUUCUUGAAAAAAUAGCAAAGCAAGUGCAACCAAUUAUGAGGAAAAGAAAGUGGAGAGUCAAGAUCCUUUCUGAAUUUUGUCCGCCCAAUCCAUCUCUUUUAGGGCUGAACAUUGGAGGAGGUGCUGAGGUUAGGCUUAGACUCCGGAGGCCAAACAAUGAGUGGGAUUUCUUCCCUUAUGAGCAGAUUCUUGAUACUAUGCUUCAUGAACUCUGCCACAUUGAACACGGUCCUCAUAAUGCUGAUUUCUACAACCUUUUGGAUGAAAUUAGGAAGGAAUGUGAAGAACUUAUUGCCAAAGGCAUUACUGGCACUGGGCAAGGAUUUGAUGUUCCUGGGAGACGAUUGGGUGGAUUUUCCCGUCAACCUCCUUUACCUGUAUUGCGGCAGAAAGCACUGGCUGCUGCAGAAAACAGAGCAAAACGUGAAGCUUUGUUGACCCAUGGGCCUAAGCGUCUUGGUGGUGAUAGCAGCAUUAGAGCUGUACUCAGUCCAGUUCAAGCAGCUGCUAUGGCUGCCGAACGAAGAUUACACGAUGAUAUAUGGUGUGGAUCCAAAUCAUCAGAGAGUGGUGUAUCAACUGGAGACUCCAAAGUAUCUGCUGUACAAAAUGAUAGAUUUGUCCAAACUUCAACCACUGGAUCUGUAUCACAGGGAAUGAAAGAUGUCGAACUAAUGUGGCAGUGCUCCUUGUGUACCUUACUAAAUCAGUCGCUAGCUCUUACAUGUGAAGCUUGUGGAUCCCCAAAGAAUAGAGGCAAUGGAGACAAGAAGUUAAAGGUCUGGUCUUGCAAGUUUUGUACCCUGGAUAAUAGCAUUGAGGUUGAGAGAUGCAUGGCUUGUGGCGAGUGGAGAUACUCGUACGGUCCCCCUAUUUCCACCUUUGGACCCAAUCACGGCACCUGA